UUAGUCCGUUGUGCGUAUGUAACAGACUACCCACUAAGCAUCACAUUUGUCUGACGGGCGCGCAGUUCAAAACAACAAAUUCCCUCCAUCUGUCAUCUCAAAUUUUCUUUCGUUUUCUUGCAGAUAAAUAGAUGUCCUUCCUACGCUAUGUAUGACUAAGAACAGGAAUGGGAGUUCAAGACUGAAACAAGGCUUUCCAAGCUCCGUGUUUGUUCUGACCAGAAAAUCACUUCACCUGCUCGAAGCUCCUAUACAUCUAAUAUUUGCUAUAUGCAGUGUGUAGGUGGAGAAGGCAGCAGAAGCCCGCCAAGGUGCGUCAUACAAGAAACCCUUAAAGAGCUGCAUUUAGGGUUAUUAAAACGCGGCGAGUAAGAGAUUUACGCAGCUCAGAAAACAUUGGCGCUAUGGAUUCCAUCAAGGAGGCGAAAUCUGAUGGACAUCAGAGUCAACUCGAGGAAGCAAACCGCGAGAAGCCCUUGGAAAAGCAGCAGACUCAACUCGAGAAAACAGACCGUGAGAAGCCCUCGGAAAAGAAGCCCUUGAAAAAGCUACUGAUUAAGGCCCCCGUUUCCAUUCCAUGGAUGGUCCGUUUGAUUACAUACACGACCAUCUUUGUAUGUAGUGGAUCUCAUUACCUACUCGCUGCCAUGAAAGCUAAGGGCCCUUUUUUCUAUAUAUUUGUUGUGAGUGCUAUUGUUGUAUAUUUUAUUGUGACAAUGGUGCUUACGAUUGUUAAGGCUCGGAGAACAGGCCCUACAAUUGUCCUUGUCUAUUUGACCUCAGCGACCUAUUUGAGUUCCCUUGUAGCUCUACACACUGUGAUGCCGUCAUGGCUUUUUACCAGUCUGUGUUUUCUCACUGUAGCACUCACAGCUUUUCAUUGGAUUUUAUUAUUGUGCUGAGUCUCGCUGACUUGGAGGCCUGCAGAGUGGGCAGAUUUUGUCAAGACCCUUCGAAGACAGGACGUAGAGAUAAAAAGACUUUUUUACCCAUUCUGUUUUUUCAGUAGAUAAUGGAUUCUCUUUUUCAGUAGAUAUAUAGAGCAAGGCAGAAAUGCUCCGCCAAGCUGUAGCACUCAUAGGUUUUGGUUGCUUUUGUAUCAAGACGAGGUCAUAUUUCUUUAUGUUUAUAAUACAUAUACCAAGAUUUCUCUGUGAGAACAGGGAUAGAGUUUGUUACUUGUUAUCA